UGCGAGAGCGAGAGCUGCGCAAAAGAGAAAAAACGAAACCCGCAGCAAGCAACGCAUAGAGGAGGAAAAAAGCAGCACCAAAAACAAAACACAAGCCUGCCGCCCAGACAGCCAGUCAGCCAAAAGUCAUCCAAUCCAGUCCGUCCAGUCACAAAAGAACUCUCGAGACAUACACAACACACCACACACACACACACACACACACACAUACACUCUGCAACCCACAUUCAAGACUGGCCAAAACACAAACACACAUUCCAGCCAAGUAAACCAGAAAUGCGUUAGAUAUAAGAGCGAAUCCGAUUCCGAAUCCGAAUCCCCCGUAAAGAUGAGAGCCCCUGGCUUGCUGCUUGCCUAUGCUCUAAUCAGCGCCUGCUGCUUGACGCUUUGUGCCGCCUGCUCCUCGCGUCCCAUGCCCAAGCCCCGUCCGGAGGCGCCGCCCAGCACAGAGGGACCCGGAGGUGAAGCUGGAGCCGUGCCAACACUGCCACCGGAUAAUGUGGCCAUAACGACGCCGCGGCCGAACAUCACCUUUCCCACGUUCAAGUGCCCGCCCACAUAUGCGGCCUGGUACUGCCUGAACGAUGCCACCUGCUUCACCGUGGAGAUCCACAAUGACAUCCUGUACAACUGCGAGUGCGCCCUGGGAUUCAUGGGGCCGCGGUGCGAGUACAAGGAGAUAGACGGCUCCUAUCUGCCCACGCGAAAUCGCGUGAUGCUGGAGAAGGCGAGCAUUGUGAGUGGCGCUACCCUGGCGCUGCUCUUUAUGGCCAUGUGCUGUGUGAUCCUAUACAUGCGGCACGAGAAGCAGCAGAAGCAGAAGCUAAACGACAGCGGCACCGAUGUUGGCGAUGUAGUGGGUGGCGGUGGCGGUGGCUGUCAGAACGAUGGCAUGGACGAGGUGGAUGGCCGCAAGCCGAUGCGAUCAGCCCGACGUCCGUUCGCACCAUGCCGGAUCCUCUCGCUGGAGGAGGCCCACUACCAGGCGCUGGUCUCCAAUCACCGCCCUAGGCACUGCAAUUAAUGCAACAUUUAACAUUUAUUUUUCUGAAUGUCUAAUUAUUAAUUUAACUUGAUUUAACGCCCGCCACACGCGUAAACUAUUAACGUUAAUAAAAGCGAGAACAAAGC